CAGCGUUAGAUCUCCAUGGUAACGCGGCGGUAGCGAAGGUCUCCCUGCGGCCGCGAAGGCCUCAGCGAAAGCUUGGAGGUGAGGGAACUGUCUCCCAAAGGGUGAAGCAAGUGCCCAGACCUCAGUUAUGGACAGGUCACUUUGAAAGCCGUGUGUUCCUAGACAAAACGCCAAAUGCCACUUACCUAUCCUCCCCGUGCUGAUGCUGAGCGUCAAUUUUACCUAGAGUAGCUUUUUUUAUUCUCUACAAGCUAAGUUCCUCAAACUGAUAAUCAGGAAAAUGAGGAAGCUUGAUUAAAACCUACCACUCUUUCCUGGUUUAUAAUGUCAUGGAAAGCUUGGUCCUUGUCCCUGAUGCCAAUACAACAAUGAGGACGUGGUUGGGUUGUUGUUGAGAUAUUUAUUUAUUUAUUUAUUUUUAGUUGUAGAUAGACACGAUACCUUUGUUUUGUUUUUAUGUGGUGCUGAGGAUCAAAUCCAGUGCCUCACUCACGCGAGCCAGAAUGCCUCUCACUCAAGCAGAAAGUGUUAUAAAGAAUAUCAUACGAGAAAUAGGACAAGAAUGUGCAGCUCAUGGGGAGAUUGUUUCUGAAACUCUGGUUGCUUUUAUGGUGAAAGCUGUUGUCCUGGAUCCAAGUAAUGGCUUUAACAUGGAUAGAACCCUCAUGAAAAGUGAUGUGCAGAAACUUGUUAAGCUUUGUGUGGCUCGACUACUGGAUAAUAAAAAUCCAUCUCUGGACACCAUUAAGAUGCAAGUCUACUUUGAUAUGAAUUACACAAGUCGAGAAGAAUUUCUUGAAGAACAUCACCGGGUCCUGGAGUCUAGAUUAGGCUCUGUUAGCAGAGAAAUUACAGAUAAUAGAGCAUGUGCUAGAGAAGAAUUGGAAAGCCUUUACAGGAAGAUUGUCAGCUAUGUGUUGCUACGCUCUGGGCUUGGAUCCCCUACAGACAUCAAGAUUGUCAGAGAGGCAACAGCUGCACUACAGAGUGUUUUUCCUCAUUCUGAACUGGGGACAUUUCUGACUCUUACUAAAAAGGACAAAGAACGCCAGCUGAAAGAACUCACUAUGAUUGUUACUGGAAUUCGCUUAUUUAACAGAGACUGUGGAAAAGGAGGAGAAGGCAUUGAUGAUUUGCCAGCUAUUCUACAUGAAGCAAUCCCAGCCACCACUCAGCAUAUUGAUUCCCAACUUCAGAUUGCCCAGGACCAGGUAUAUCGCUACACAGCCAUCCUUGAGAAGGUAACAAAGAACCCACUCAUGAGUAAAGAACUCGAGCCAUAUAUGUUAAAGGAGGCAUUGUAUAACGUACGACAAUAUGAGGUCUUCCUUCAGAUCAUUUUGUCAGACAUAAUUACUUGUGCCCAAGAAGUGGAAAUUAUGAUAAAACAGUUAGGAGCCCAAUUGGAACUUUUAAAAUCCACUGUAAAAUCAAGAACAGCUAUCCCAACAUCACAAGUCUUUCCCAUCUUCAUUUCACUGGCCAGUCUGUGGACUAGCUUUCAGGAUGAAACUGUUUUGAUUAGCGUCCUCAGUAGUUUAACCAGUCACCUGGAGCCAUUUCUGGGUGCUCAUGAACUUCUUUUUCCUGACAGAAUAAUGCAAAGUCUUCUUGAUGAUGUGACAGUGAAAACAGAUGUGUGUAGAAUAAAAGAACAUAUGGAAGAUAGAGUACGUUUGACAGACUUCAAAAAACUGGAAUGGCUUUUCCCAGAAACAACAGCAAAUUUUGAAAAGUUAUUAAUUCAGUAUCGGGGAUUUUGUGGUUACACAUUUGCUACAACAGAUGGUCUUCUCCUUCCAGGAAAUCCAACAAUUGGAAUUUUGAAAUAUAAAGAGAAGUAUUACACAUUCAAUACUAGAGAAGCUGCAUAUUCAUUUGCAGAAAAUCCUGAAUAUUAUAUUGGUUUAAUUAAAGAAAAGGCCAAAAAAAAUGCAGAGUUAAUUCAGCUACUGGAACUUCAUCAACAGUUUGAAACACUUGUUCCAUAUUCUCAGGUGAGAGAUGUUGACAAACAUUAUAUAAAACCAAUUACGAAGUGUGAAAGUAGUACACAGACAGAUACACAUAUACUGCCACCAACAAUUGUGAGAGCAUAUGAAUGGAAUGAAUGGGAAUUAAGAAGAAAAGCUAUAAAAUUGGCCAAUUUGCGUCAGAAAAUUACUCACUCAGUACAAACUGAUCUUAGUCACAUGAGAAGAGAAAAUUGCUCACAGGUGUACCCUCUCAAAGAUGCUAGCACCCAGUCGAAUAGGGAGGGCAGCACUGGAGUACCCAAGCCUCAGAUUUACAUAGCUGGUCUUCGAGGGGGACGAAGCAAAACUACCCAUGCAGUCAAGGUGAACCUAACAAGAGCUGUUGAUGAAACCUAGAGGAAGAUCACAUUUUUGAAAAUGUUACCCAAUUAUGAACAAUGACAAAUACCUAAAAGUAUUUUUACCUCCAUGAAAAUUAAUUUUGCAGAAGGUAGCACAUGCUAUUGCUACAACAAACUAGAAGUUAUUUUCUGUAACACCUUUUCAUUGUAUUAAAGUUGGGAAGUCAAAUUCU